UUGAUUAUUGCUUACGUAUUACGCUUUUUUCGUCGUUGGUCAAAAUUUUCCAGUAAUUUUCAUUUUUUCUAUCAAUUACCUAAUCACAUCAAGUAAAUUUCUUAAAAUUAUAUUAUGAUCAGGAGUGAAAUACGAAAUACAUUUGAUGAUGGUAAUAAAAAUGAUUUUAGAUAAUGACGACCAUCGAAGAAGACAUCGUUCCUAUAGCCAUUCUCGGAUUUUUGGUGUUUGGAGAGAACACUGACGAGUUGGUAGAUCAAUUGAAAGAACUAGGAGUUCUGCGUUUAACUGACAACAAGGAAUUGACGAAUAAAUCUGAAAAUAACUCGUCAAAUGAACUGAAAAAGUCUGCCUCAUCGUCAAAACAACAUCUCACUCGUACCAUGUCAAUUAACAUUCAUGGCACAGUGGAAGUUGAACGACAAUUCGUCAAUGGAAUUGAAAAAUUCAAAGUCAUCACCAAAACAGAUGAACCAUUCAAACUCGACGCUUUGGAACAAGAAGUAUUCGUAUUGAAAGAAAAGGAUGUCAAAUUGAAUUUCCAAAUGAAAAAUGUCCAUUUAUACGAUGUCAAUAAUUUCAUAAUUCAAGGCACCAAAAGUUUAAGCAAAGACGACUGGGCUCAAAUUACAUUCGAUCUACCUCGAACCGUGAAACUUACUUGUCGUUAUUUUAUCAAUGGAAUGGUUUUAGGGAAAACAGUGCGCGACAGUGGCACAGCAGAGAUACAAUUGAUCGGAGUAAACGUGAGCGGUAAAGUUAAAGUGAGCGUAACAACCAAAGAAAUAAACAUCUUGGAAUUAGAUUUAUCUUACUCAUUUGAAAAUCUUGUAGUGGAAAAAAUCAGUCUGUUAUUCGCGGGAAUGACGAAAGACGAAAUUUCCAAAUUAUUUAGCGAUACGACGAAAAAAUAUUUGAAAGAAAACAUGGACCUAAUUUCUGGCCGAUUAUCAAGAGAAAUUAAAUCAAAAUUAAAUACAAGAUUGAAAAAUAUUUCAAGCGCCAAAAUCGUUCACCAAGUUAAACAUAAACAUGUUAAGGAAGAUGAUAAUAGUAUACCAAAAUUGUGAAAAGAUAUUCUGUUUAGCUGAAAAAUUCGAGAGAUUACCACGCAUUGGUAAUAUUUUGUAUUUCAAGUGAAAAUAAUUCACUUCAUUUGAAUUAUAAUAAAUUUGUCAUUAAAAUUUCUCGUUAAA